AUGGACUGCGAAGAUUGGCCCACUUUGGAAGUGGAGUCGCCGCAAAAUCCCCGCGAUUUACGUGUCAAUGUGCGAAAGCUACAGCAUCUACCCGGCCUACCCUUGGACUCCUUGGGAUCAACGGGACAACCGGGAUCCACCUCAGAUUUCAGUUUUCAACAAAGAGUUGCAACAAAACAUUGGAGAACUGUUCGUGCUCAGCUCAAGGCGCAUACUUUCAUCUUGGGACUGCAGAAGAAGCAGCAGGCCAAAGAAAGUGAAAAAGAGGAAGAAGGAGAUGAAGAAGGAGAGUACUACAACAUCCAUUCUUCGAGUGAGCAAAGCAGCCCUAAGAGUCCGAAUGCUGCAGGUUGGACCCAAAAUCCGCACGUGCAAUUGCUUCAAUCACAACUUGAAGAAGCAACCGAAGAGAUUGAACGGCUUUACACUGAGAAGGAAGAUGUCGAGCAUUUGCUUCAUGAGGUACGAAGGAAUUCCAGUAGGAGUUCCAUCAGAUUAGAGCACAUUCCAACCCCAAUGAGCCCAGAACGAGUGUCUGUGGCUUGUCAAUGUGAAGAGAUGCCACCUUCAGUCCCAUCUCCAAUGGGCCGCAGGGCUUUCUCAAAGACACCCGUCUCGCCUUUGUCGCCGGAGGUGGACGAUGAAGAACGACUCGACCGUCGUGACCUGUUGGAAUUCGAACGACGACUCUUUCUCGAAGAUGCUGCGGCCUGGGAGAUUGAGCGGACAGAACUCGAAGACAAGCAAGCUCAGCUAGAAGGAGAAGUGGCAAAUGCGCUUCGAGAAGCAGAAGAAGCAGCAGAACGUGUGAACCUUCAAGAGGUGCAAAUGGAGAUGUGGCGGAAUGAAUUAGCACAGGCUCGGGAGCAAGAAGAGGAGGUCCACUAUCGUGCCUCCAUGCAUUUUAGUCUGAGGCAGGAGAACAUGUGGCUUGCUGCCACAGAUCAUGUGGAGAAGCGAGAGAGGCUAGUUGUGAUGCGUUGCUUCUUUGCCUGGCGAAGCGACCUCGAUUUGAAAGGCUCAUCCAAAGCUGCUUUAUCCAGAGUGGCAGCACUGGAUAUCCUGUCGCGCUUGCAAAUCGAACAGGGCUGGCUGCUUCUAGGCACUUGCCUGAUGGGUUGGUACCAGACCUGGAAGCUCGGUCGCACGUGUGUCACGCUGUAUUCACACCUUAUGACCGUGUGGUGCUUGUCAUGGUAA